GUCAUCAAUCAAUGGCCCCUUUUACUCAAAUUCGGUCUUUCUGAUAUUUAAAUUUAAAAUUAUUGGAGGAGAGAAGACUCUGUUCAAGCAGUUUGGGAGCUAGAUAGAAGAAUCACUUGAUAUUUCAAGCACAUUUCAUCUUGCAGCCCUUCUCUAAGUAGAGGAAAGUCGAUCAAGAUGAACCCCUCCGGUCUUUACGCCCAUUAUAUCGAUGAGCCAGAAACUCCGCGGCCAAGUCCACUUGUGCCACCGUUAUGCUUCUCGAUGGUGUCACCGGGAGUUUACAGAUCCGGCUAUCCACUCGAGAUCAACUUCCCUAUGCUCGAAAAACUCAAGCUUCGAACUAUCAUCUACCUCGCCGACACAGACUACCUCGACGAAAACAUCACAUGGUGCCAACGCCACGACAUCACCGUGCACCACUACCGCGUUCCCAGCGUGCGGGAGCCAUUCGUCGAGAACGACCCUGUGGCAAUUGAAUCCGCACUGCGCGUCCUUUCCGACCGCCGCAACUUCCCUCUCCUCGUCCACUCCAACAAAGGCAAGCACCGCGUCGGCGUCCUGAUAGGGUGCAUGCGCAAGCUCCUGCAGAAAUGGAGCCUCACUGCCAUCUACGCCGAAUACAUGCGCUUCGCAGGCGAAAAAGGCGAUGCCGAUCUCGAAUUCAUCGAGCUGUUUGAGCCCAAGUCCCUGGGUGACGUGCCUGAGGACUCGAGACAAGAAUGGCUGGUUACUUGACGAGUGUGAUGUGUCUUGUAACCUGUCCGUAUAAAAACCCCCGAGGAACGUUGAUUCUCUGUAGGGCGAAUUGACGUUUAAAACAAGUGCAACAUUCAUAACGUCUUACUUGGAUUGGGGG